UCCUCCACUUCGUCGUCCUAUUCUUCUUCCUCUUCUUCCUCCUCUUCUUCUUCCUCCUCCUCCUCUUCCUCUUCUUCUUCCUCUUCUUCUUCUUCUUCUUCUUCUUCUUCUUCUUCUUCUUCUUCUUCACCUUCCCCUCCCUCUUCCACUUCAGGUGCUUCUGUCUCCUCUGGUCCUUCUGUUGGUUCUGGUGCUUCAGUCUCCUCUGGCCCCUCAGUCGCCCCUGGUGCUUCUGUCUCCUCUGGUCCUUCUGUUGGUUCUGGUGCUUCAGUCUCCUCUGGCCCCUCAGUCACUUCUGGUGCUUCAGUCUCCUCUGGCCCCUCAGUCGCCCCUGGUGCUUCUGUCUCCUCUGGUCCUUCUGUUGGUUCUGGUGCUUCAGUCUCCUCUGGCCCCUCAGUCGCUCCUGGUGCUUCGGUCUCCUCUGGCCCCUCAGUCACUUCUGGUGCUUCAGUCUCCUCUGGCCCCUCAGUGGCCCCUGGUACUUCCGUCUCCUCUGGCCCCUCAGUCACUCCUGGUGCUUCAGUCUCCUCUGGCCCCUCAGUCGCUCCUGGUGCUUCGGUCUCCUCUGGCCCCUCAGUCACUUCUGGUGCUUCUGUCUCCUCUGGCCCCUCAGUCGCUCCUGGUGCUUCUGUCUCCUCUGGUAAAUCCGUUGUAGCGAGUGUAACUAUUUAUAUUGAUAAAGAUACACACACGAUUACUGUAACAUUAAGGCACCGAUAAAAUCGCUUUACCUAAGCCAGAAAAAAAGCGAUUUAUAGGUUAUGUUCAACCAUAUAACCGGCAUAGGCACAUAUGAUUUGAGGUUGCUUUCAUAAGCAUACAUUAAAGCACGCGUAAUUGAAUUUGUAUCAGUAUUAUUGUUCUUAUUGACAAAAUCUAGGAAUGGAACAUUCCCGAAUUUGCAACUCUGGUCACCAACCAGCAACUAAUAGACUAUAAGAAUGCAAUUUACUCCUCGGCUCUAUCGACCUAUGGGACGCAAUUUUCCAAAGUCGAUAAAACUAUAAUGCUAUUUAAGCAGCACGAACUAUUUAUUGAAGUUGAACGAAUGAAGCUUCAUAGUGAAUUUCGAAUUUUCGAAUUUGCCUUUGAAUAGCAUGUUCCCGUGGAAACAAUCAACAUAAAUGUAUUCAUCCAUUUCGCAAGCAUGUGAAAAUGAUCUUAGAGGUAAUGCUGUCGCUGACCAUUGCGCUCGAUUUGGCAAUGCUUAAAGGGAGGAGAAAGUUUUUUAAAGUCCCUCCACGCCCUUGAAAUGUGCCAAUUUACAUCUUGUGAUGCUCUUGAUAUUGUUGUUGUAAAAAUACCUAAGCAUUGUUCAAUAAGUUUUCCUUUGAUAACUUCUAAAAAUUGCAUAAUUUAUCCCUGUAUUCUUCUAUCUAUCGGUAAAACAAAGAUUUAAUUUUUGACUAAUAUUGCGACACGAGAUAAAUAUCUGAAAUUACUUGAUUGCGUAUCUUAGGUUUUUCCAUCGUAAAUUGUUUUUAAAUUUUUCCGAAAAUGCUUCCGAUCUCGUCAUGCUGAAACGAGCUUGAAACGCGACCUUAAUUGGUUUGCAAAGUUUUCUAGUGCUAUACACUGUAAAGUAAAGGUAAUCACAUGCCUCAGUGACUUCAAGUUCAAGGGCCACCGCGAUUACAAUAGGUGUAUGUGCGUCAGGUUUUAAAAAAGAAGAUUUCGAGACUAGUCCUAAUUAGAUAUUGGAAAGUAAAUUCUCUUUUAAGAAAACCACGCAUAAAGAGAACGACUCGCUGAGGGCGAGAAAUACUUAUAGGCAAUUGAACAGACAGCGUUGCACAUUAUUGUAAAAACGAGGUACUCUUUACUCCCAAAUCAUGAUCAAAUUAUCUAUCCUUUACGUUUUCUUUUCCAUAUGAAAUAUUUGUGUGUUUUUUCCACCAAUGAAGAAAUAGAAGAGAAAAAUAAAUUCGCCAAAUUGAUGGGACCUUUCUUUCUUCGCCAUAAAUCUAUUUCAGCUAAAUAGUUACGGCAAUUUUCUUAAACUGAGGUAACCUUCCGGUGUUGGUCAAAACCUACGGUCUCAAGAAUAAAUCAAGAAACCAUUUUUCUUUUGGAAUAUGCCCAAUUAAAACUCUUAUAUCUACUUAACUUCGUGAGAGGUCUCGAAAAAUUCCUUAACAGAUUUAGACAUCUUCAAUGUCGAGUUUGUAAUUUUACACAUGCAUUUAGAAAUUGAGCAUUCAUAAAGUCAAGUCUGUGAUCUUGCAGAGUGUGUGCCAGUGUGAAAACAUCUGAGCAACGGAAUAAAGAAUUUCCUGUAACUGCAAUAUGCUUAUGAUUGACACAGGCGAAUUCAGCUAAAUUUUUAACUGCCGUUAAUUCAAUGACAAAUUCAGUUUAAAAUUUUCAUUGGAGCGAAGGGAAGCUAAUGAGUCUAAAUUACCUCCUUGUUGCGGCAAUGGGAAACAGGUAACCUGUCCAAAAAGUAUGGCAGCAUAAAGAAUAAAAUGCGACCUUGAAAUCAUCUUUUCUCCAGCUGGAUCUUGGCUUGAAUAAGACUACUAGCUUUGAAGAUUUCUUGUUCAGUAGCAUUUUACAUAUAUAUAUAUAUAAAAUGCUGAUGACGUUGAAGAGUGCUAUUGAGGAGAAAUCAAUCAAAGUCAGUGUAAACUAAUUCGUCAAUUGUUCUCUACCUUUUUCAAAAAAUUAAAUUUGCUUUGUCAUUGAUCGAUAUAGUAUUUGUUACACUCAAUCAUACACUUAACAAAAGUGUAUCGCUGAAACAGAAUCCAUUGACUCCGUCGUAAUAUCGUGCUCUUUGCUAGUUAUAAUCUGCAGGCAAGUUAUCAUGUUUUGACUUCUAAACUGUAUGCUUGGGAUUAUCGAUUAGUUUCUUCCUUCUGGGAUAACUUUUGGCUAAAUCUAUUGUGAAUAAAAGGUAAAUAGAACUCCGCGUAUGAAUGGGCUUUGGCAAAUAUCGUGACGGCAUGUCAAGCAUGCUUGUUAGUCGUUUAUUGAUCGUCGGUGCAAAAUUUUUAUCUGAUAUUGAAAAUCGGAACAUUUUUGUUGUUGUUGGUUUUUUUUUAAUUUUAGGUCCUUACAUAUGUUGAUGGGGACCUAGUUAACUAACCUACCGUUGCUGUAUAUUCGUGUGGGAGAGAAGUUACCGAAGUGUAUCCCGGAACACUUCGGUAACUUCCCUCCUACUCGAAUAUACAGCGACGGUAGGAUAGUUUGGGCCAAACAAUGGGUUACCACCAUUUGGUUGGUAGAGUUUGCCAUAAUGGCAAACUGUUUCAGAACAUUUGAAACAACUGAAUUGUUCUGGAAGAUUCUAAAUGGAAAACCUUCAAUUGUCCUUAGGUUUGCUUGAUUCCUUGCGUGAAGUAAAUUGCCGUCUAUUGAUUUGAAUUAUUUCUGUUGACAGCGUAGCGAUAGAUGAAAAGAUUAAUCGAAGUCAUUUACAAUUAAAACUUUAUAUGUACGAGUCAAUCUUCAAAAAUGUUCUUCUACUACUUCUUUUUGUUUUUUCCCCUUCUUUGGUGUAGAGAGUAAGUUACAUUAUUUUUUUUGUCAAAGCAUAGUUUCUAAAAUAUGUUUGGAUCAAGAAAGGACGUGUUUAGCUGUGAAGCGAUAAUUUAAACUAUACAUUUUACCAAGAACUAGGCCUCUGAAAGGGUGAAAAACUCUUUAAUUAUGAGAUUACGACUGGCCAAUAACAUACGAAAUUAACAGCAUAAUAAAUUACAAAAAGUUAUAAAUGGAUACACAUAAUAUUAUACACCUGUUCUCAAAAACGUUGCAAAUUUGAAAACAUGUGUAUUGAUACCUUUUCUUUUCCCAUAAAAAAGAUAUAUACACUUUUAACACUUGUUUAUUAAAAUAUAUAUUUUCAAAAUUGCUACGUUUUGAAAAUGGGUGCGUACAGUGCGUGAAUAUAUAUAUAUAUGUGUGUGUGUGUGUGUGUGUGUGUGAAUAUAUAGAGAAUAAUACAUGGGCGCUGGUAGAUAUAGAAUUUCUCUUCGAAUGUUGAACACAAGAAGAGAAAUUCCGUAUCUACGAGCCACCAUGUAUUAUUUGGUUAUCAUAUAAACGCAAUAGCCCUUGACUGACGAGAAAAGUAGACUUUAUUAACAAAUGAAAAUAAAAGGAUCGAUAAUCCGCGAACAAAAAUAGUAAAUUGCGUUGACGUCAAAGCUCAAUAUAAAAAAAAGCCCUGAAUCACUACAAAACAACUGUGGGCGUAAUUUUCAAUAUACAAAAUUGUCAGUUAUUGACUUUUUCGCUACCUAUAGAGAUAUUUCAGCUACAUAGCUAAAAUCGGCCCGUGGAAAAUCUUUCAUUUGUAGAUUUUCGUUCUCAGCCGCGAGAAAUGCCGUUACUAAAGUACUGAAUAAGUAACUUUCGCUUUUUCUUUUCGUCUUUUGGUUUCCUUUCCUCUCUAGAAAAAUUUGAAAGUCACUCUCUGUAAGCAAUACGGAUUUUUUGGUGAGUUAGCAAAUUCAGACAAAUAACCAUGAAUUGAGAAUGAUGAGGGCUUUGACGUUCAUUCGUCAACCUGACCAGUGAGUGGCGCGAAAGGCGAGUGACGCGUCAGCAGAUGAUUGGCGAUAUCAAACGCGCAUGAAAAAAUAUCGUAUUUUUUCACGUGUGUUGUUACAGCUUUUCUCAGGGCUGGAAACCCUUGUACAACACCGUAGUUUAUAGGAUAAAUAUAUAUAUAUAUGUGUGUGUGUAAUAAUCAACUACGUACUGAGUAUGUAAAUUGUGGAUACUAUUCAGCUUUACAUUCUGGUCAUUAAAUCGAUAGUUCGAAUUAAGAAUACUCUGGUAAAUAGAUAUGAUAGCGAUAGUAGUAGUUGUAGUUGUAGUAGUAGUAGUUGUAGUUGUAGUAGUAGUAGUAGUAGUUGUAGUAGUAGUAGUAGUAGUAGUAGUUGUAGUAGUAGUAGUAGUAGUAGUUGUAGUAGUAGUAGUUGUAGUAGUAGUAGUAGUAGUAGUAGUAGUAGUAGUAGUUGUAGUAGUAGUAGUUGUAGUUGUAGUAG